GAAAACCAUUCCCAGGCCCGCCCGACUUCCUGCCCUUGUACAACGCACGGUCCCCGUCCCAAUGGCCCAGACUCUGUCCGCCGCCUCCGAGCUGGCCACCCUGAAGCGCCCGUUCGGCAACGACGGGUUCGGCGAUGGCAGCAACAACGGCAGCGCCACCGGCGAGAAGCCCAAGGCGCGGCGGCGGGAGGCGGACCCGGCGGCGGCGCUGGCCGCGGCGCGGCACGAGUUCGGCGAGCACGGCGGCGUGAACAUGUCCAUCGAGGCGUCGGCGACGUUCACGGUGAUGGAGCCGGACACGAUGCGGCGGCUGUUCGCGGGCGAGCUGGGCCCCGACCGCGGCGACAUGUACAUCUACAGCCGGCACUUCAACCCGACGGUGCUGGCGCUGGGGCGGCAGAUGGCGGCGCUGGAGGGCACGGAGGCGGGCUACUGCACGGCGUCCGGGAUGUCCGCCAUCUCGUCCGUGCUGAUGCAGCUGGUGGGCGCCGGCGGGCACGUGGUGGCGUCGCGGUGCCUGUACGGCGGGACACACGCGCUGCUGGCCCGGUUCCUGCCGCGCGCCUCCGGGGUGCGCGCCACCUUCGUGGACGCCGACGACGAGGCCGCCGUGCGCGCCGCGGUGGUCCCCGGCGAGACGCGGGUGGUGUACGUGGAGACCAUGUCCAACCCGACGCUCGCCGUCGCCGACAUCCCCAUGCUGGCGCGGGUGGCGCACGAGGCCGGCGCCAAGCUCGUGGUGGACAACACCUUCACCCCCGUGGUGGUGUCGCCCGCGCGCCUCGGCGCCGACGUCGUCGUCCACAGCGUCUCCAAGUUCAUCAGCGGCGGCGCCGACAUCAUCGCCGGCGCGAUCUGCGGGCCGGCGAGCCUGGUGAACGCGAUGAUGGACCUGCAGGAGGGGGCGCUGAUGCUGCUGGGCCCCACGAUGAACGCCAAGGUGGCGUUCGAGCUGUCGGAGCGGCUGCCGCACCUGCCGCUGCGGAUGCAGGAGCACUCGCGCCGCGCGCUGGCGUUCGCCGAGCGGAUGCAGGGGCUGGGCCUGCGCGUGCUGUACCCGGGCCUCCCGGGCCACCCGCACCACGCGCGCCUGGCCGCCAUGGGCAACCCGGGCUACGGCUGCGGCGGCAUGCUGUGCCUCGACAUGGGCACCGAGGAGCGCGCCAACCGCCUCAUGCACCACCUCCAGAACACCACCCAGUUCGGCCUCAUGGCCGUCAGCCUCGGCUACUACGAGACGCUCAUGUCCUGCUCCGGCAGCAGCACCAGCAGCGAGAUGCCGCCCGAGGACCGCGCGCGCGCGGGCAUCUCCCCGGGCCUCGUCCGCAUGUCCGUCGGCUACAACGGCACGCUGGAGCAGCGCUGGGCGCAGUUCGAGCGCGCGCUCGCGCUCAUGCAGACGCCGACGCCCACGCACCACCUCAAGCAGGCCGCCGACCGCGACGGCCCCGAAGCCGCCAACAACCACCACCGCAAGCACUGACGCGCUUGCGCUUCCGAGCGUGCGUGCGUGCAUGCAUGGCCUGUGGACUUGUGUUUGUCGUGUUCGUGUAUAUACUACUAGUGCCAUUCAAGCAAGAAUAUUAAACACCAUCUGAUCCCUCUGGUUCAGAUGGAUCGAUAUGCCAGUGCAAGCGGCUCGAUCUCUGGGGAACCUGGGAAUGGACCUGAAUAAAUGGGAUUUGUCUUUAA